AUGAAACGUAGGGAAUUUGAAUCUCUUGUCACUACACGUAGGAGUAUGUCUUAUGUACAAACACAUUUUGAAAUACUUUUUGAUUGUUUUUUAAAAGAUAUGUUAUUAUCCAUUGAUAAAAAUUAUUUAGCAGAUCCAUUUAAUUCAUAUGGAAUGUAUGAUCCAAAUGAUAAUUUUCAAAAUAAUGUCUUUUUAUGUUUAUCAAAUAAAGUUACUGAUAGUAUUGAUAAUGUAGAACAAUUUUGUGAUUUUUUUUAUGACCCUAAUAAAUUAGAUAAAGCAAUCAUUGAACUUUAUGGAAAAAUUCAUGCACAAUAUUUACUUACAUAUGAUGGUUGUAAACAUGCAAAAAAAGCAUGGAAAGAAGGAUUCUGGGGAAGUUGUAGAAAUCAAAAUUGCAAAGGAUAUCAUUUAUUACCUUAUGGUAAAUCAUAUAUUGUUAAUCAAUAUCCAAUGAAUCUUUAUUGUGGUUGUUGUGGAAAAUUAUAUUCAACAGAUAGUGAAGGUGUAUUAGAUGGUGCAUAUUUUGGACCUUGGUUCAUUCCUAAUUUCUUUCUUGAAUAUCCUGAAUUACUCCCACACUCAUCUUAUUUCUUAAAAACAAUUCCUCAAUGUAUUUAUGGUUAUACAAUUAUUCAAGAUCCUAUAUUUUGUGAAUCUUUACAACAUGAAAAUCCUCCUUUACCUUCAAGAACAUUUGUUCAUAAAACAAUGUUAUAA